CUUGACUCCUCCCUGCGCGGCCAGGCUCUUCCUCCCCCGCGGCCCGAUCUCCGGGUGGCAGCGGCUGAGCCGGGAGCGAGCGCGCUGGGCGCGGCCGUCCCGUGCCGCCGGGCCAAGCCUGAGAGUCCCGCGGUCAUGGUCUGUGCGGUGGCGCGGGGCGCCUAAACCCCAGGACGCGAGCUCCGGAGGCGGCCGGCGUGGGCGCUCCCCAGAGGCCGAAGGAAGGUAGGCGAGGUCGGCGGGGCCGGACCACGGGUCUGGCGAGUGAGCUCUGCGACCCGCGGGUGGACAGGUGGAGUGGGGACGCCGCUCGGGUUGCUAGGAACCUGGGCUGGCCCGCCCUCCCGCCACACCUCCGCCUCCCAGACCUGAGGCGCCCGGAGCUGAAAGCUGCUACUGUGCCUCGCUCUAGCCGCGGGCAGGAGCCGGAGCUAGCAGAAAGGGUUCUUGUUCUGUGGGUCGAGGCCACCCAGGCAGCCCCGAGAUCCAGAAGCUGAAGGGGAAGCCUGCGUGGGAAGCCCCUGGGUGCGGAUCUGAACCUCUUGGGAGCGCAGAGCUGCUUGGAGUCCUAAAAGUGGAGAUUUUAGAAGGUGUGCCCUGUGGGCUAUGGGAUGGAUGAGGUGGAGCAGGACCAACAUGAGGCCCGACUCAAGGAGCUGUUUGACAGUUUUGACACCCUGGGAACUGGGUCUCUGGGUCAAGAGGAGCUCACUGACCUCUGCCAUGUGCUAUGCUUGGAAGAUGUGGGCCCGGUGCUGCAACAGACGCUACUCCAGGACAACCUCUUGGGCAGGGUACAUUUCGACCAAUUUAAAGAAGCAUUAAUACUUAUCUUGUCUAGAACUCUGUCCAGUGAGGAGCACUUUGAGGAGUCAGCAUCUGUGGGUGUCAGCUGCCAACAAGUAACGCAAGUGUCUGUACCGCUUCUGGGUACCCACAGACUGACACACUCACUUCUGAAGAAAGACUGCUCACCAGAAGCUCAGCCCAAAUACGUUAGAGGCGGGAAGCGUUAUGGACGGAGAUCCCUGCCCGAGUUUCAAGAGUCUGGGGAAGAGUUUGCAGAGGUGACAGUGCUUGAGCCACUGGAGGAAGAAGCCAGGCCAUCACACAUCCCAGCUGGUGACUGCAGUGAGCACUGGAAGACACAACGCAGUGAGGAGUAUGAAGCGGAAGGCCAGCUGAGGUUUUGGAAUCCAGACGACCUGAAUGCUUCACAUGGUGGGUCUUGCCCUCCUCCAGACUGGAUAGAAGAGAAGCUGCAAGAGGUUUGUGAGGAUCUGGGGAUCACUCGAGAUGGUCACCUGAACCGGAAGAAGCUGGUUUCCAUCUGCGAACAGUAUGGAUUGCAGAAUGUGGAUGGAGCGAUGCUGGAAGAGGUGUUUCUCAGCCUCGACCCUGAUGGUACAAUGAGUGUGGAAGACUUUUUCUAUGGUCUGUUUAAGACUGGGAAAUCCCUUACACCAUCAGCAUCUACUCCCUAUAGACAACUAAAACGGCAUCUGUCUAUGCAGUCUUUUGAUGAGAGUGGACGGCGGACCACAACCUCGUCAGCAAUGAUGAGUACCAUUGGCUUCCGGGUCUUCUCCUGCUUGGAUGAUGGGAUGGGCCAGGCAUCGGUGGAGAGGAUCCUGGACACCUGGCAGGAGGAGGGCAUUGAGAACAGCCAGGAGAUCCUGAAGGCUUUGGAUUUCAGCCUGGAUGGAAACAUCAACCUGACAGAGCUGACGCUCGCUCUUGAGAAUGAACUCUUGGUUACCAAGAAUGGCAUUCACCAGGCAGCUCUAGCCAGCUUCAAGGCUGAGAUCCGGCAUUUGUUAGAACGAGUUGACCAAGUAGUCAGAGAAAAAGAGAAACUACGGUCGGACUUGGACAAAGCAGAAAAGCUGAAGUCGCUAAUGGCUUCUGAGGUGGAUGAUCACCAUGCGGCCAUUGAACGGAGGAACGAGUACAACCUCAGGAAACUGGAUGAAGAAUACAAGGAGCGCAUAGCAGCCUUAAAGAAUGAACUCCGCCAAGAGAGGGAACAGAUCCUGCAGCAAGUGGGCAAGCAGCGGGUGGAGCUGGAACAGGAGAUUGAAAAGGCCAAAACAGAAGAGAAUUACAUCCGGGACCGCCUUGCCCUCUCCCUCAAGGAAAACAAUCGCCUGGAAAAUGAGCUUCUGGAAAACGCAGAGAAGUUGGCAGAGUACGAGAACCUGACAAGCAAACUUCAGCGCAGUUUGGAAAAUGUGUUAGCGGAGAAGUUUGGUGACCUCGAUCCCAGCAGUGCUGAAUUCUUUCUUCAAGAGGAGAGGCUGGCACAGAUGCGAAAUGAAUAUGAACAGCAGUGCAGGCUACUACAAGACCAAGUGGAUGAGCUCCAGUCUGAACUAGAGGAGUACCAGGCGCAGGGCAGAGUGCUCAGACUGCCCUGUCAGAACGCGCUGUCAGAAGAACUGGACGGUCACGGGGAUGGUAUCGAGCAGGACCAAGAGCCUGGUUCUGGAGAAUGCAACCCACUGAAUAUGAGCAUUGAGGCAGAGCUGGUCAUCGAACAGCUGAAAGAGCAGCACCACAGGGACCUGUGUCACCUGAGACUGGAGCUGGAAGACAAAGUGCGCCACUAUGAAAAGCAGCUGGAUCACACCAGGGUCGCCUGUGAAAAGGAGCAGGUGGCCAUGAAGCAAAAGUAUGAGCAGGGAAUGCGCACCUUGGAGAAGCAAAUCAGUGAGCUUCAGAGUGAGAUUGCAGACCUUCAGGGGCAGGCAGCGGUGCUGAAGGAGGCCCACCACAAGGCCAGCUGCAGGCACGAGGAGGAAAAGAAACAGCUGCAAAUGGUGUUUGAUGAGGAAAAGACUCAGCUUCAGGAGGAGCUGCGGCUGGAGCAUGAGCAGGAGCUCAAGGCCAGGCUGCAGCAGGCAGAGGAAAGCUUUCGUCAGGAGAGAGAGGGACUCGCUCAGGCUGCCGCCUGGACUGAAGAGAAGGCGAGGAGCUUGACUCGGGACCUGGAGCAGUCUCACCAGGAGCAGCUACUGAGCCUGAUGGAGAAGCAUGCUCUAGAGAAAGAAGAGCUGAGAAAAGAGCUCUCGGAAUAUCACCAACGGGAACUCCAGGAGGGACGGGAAGAAAUGGAAACAGAGUGUAAUAGAAGAGUCUCUCAGAUAGAAGCCCAGUUUCAGGCUGACUGUGAGAAAGUCACUGAGCGCUGUGAACAAACGCUGCAAAGCCUUGAGGGUCGCUACCGCCAAGAGCUGAAGGACCUCCUGGACCAGCACCUGGAGGAGAGAUCUCAGUGGGAGUUCGAAAAGGAUGAGCUCACUCAAGAGUGCACGGAAGCCCAGGAACAGCUGGAGGAGGUGCUCCAAAGGGAGAAGGCGACCGCUCUGGCCAGGAGCCAGGAACAGGAGACGCUGGAGAAGACGCACAAGGAGCGUUUGGCUAUCCUGAGCAUGGAAAGAGAGCAGCUGUUGCAAGACCUGAAAGACCUACAGAACACAUCUGAGCGCCAGCACAGCCUCCUGUCUGACCAGAUGCUUGAGUUGAAGAGAAGUCAGGAGAGAGAGCUGAGGGAGCCAGAGCACGUGCUGUGCCAGACCGGGGUCUCUGAGCAGCUAGGCAGCCAGCAGCUGGCAAGACUACAGGUAGAGCAUGAGCAAGAGAGGCGAGAAAUGGCAGGCAAGAUUGCCGCCCUGGAGAGCGCCCACAGGGUGAGCUGUGAGAGAGCGGAUCAAGAGAAGGCAGAGAUGAGCGCUGAAAUCCGCAGGCUUCAGAGUACAGUUAAGGACCUACAGCAGGCAACAUCUCUCUUGGUGCUUCAGGGUGGCUGCCGGGCAACGGCGGGGGAGGAGGCAGAAGGAAACGGAGCCCUGUCCCUGCUUCAGCAAGGGGAGCAGCUGUUGGAAGAAAAUGGAGACGUCCUCAUCAGCCUGCAGAAAGCUCACGAGCGCGCAGUGAAGGAAAAUGCAAAAAUGGCCACUGAAAUUUCUAGAUUGCAACAGAGGCUGAAAAAGUUAGAGCCGGGGUCAGCGAUCUCCUCUUGUUUGGAGGAGCGGAUGACUGAGAUUUCUGGAAGUUCCAGGGAACAUGCAGAACCCGUAAUGAAACGAGGUACAGCCACUAAGCACUUCCUAAGUGACCCAGGAGACCACGAGGCCCAGGGCCUGGGGAGUACAGGGACGAGCUCUGUUCAGAGGCAGGAGUGCAGAACGGAGGAGUCGGAAGCUUCCCUGGAGUGCUUUUCUGAGCUUGAAAACAGUGAAGACACCAGGACAGAGUCCUGGGACCUGAAGAGUCAGAUCAUCCAGCUUCAGGAGCAACUAACAGUCUUGCGUGCAGACUGCGAUCGGGCUUCUGAGAGGAAGCGGGACCUGCUUUUUGAUAUCUCUGUGCUGAAAAAGAAACUAAAGAUGUUGGAGAGGCUCCCCGAGGCGUCUUCCAAGUAUAAGGUGUUGUAUGAGGAUGCGGCUAGAGAAAACGCCUGCCUCCAGGAGGAGUUGAGGCUCAUGGAGAUGCGCUACGCGGACUCGCUGGACAGCAACAAAGAGCUCACCGCUGAGGUCUACAGGUUGCAGGAUGAGAUGAAGAAAAUGGAGGAGGUGACGGGGACAUUCCUCAGCCUGGAGAACAGCUACGAUGAGGUCAAACUGGAGAAUGAGAAGCUCAGUGCUCUGGUGUUGAGACUUCAAGGGAAGAUGGAGGAGGUGCUGGAAAGGGCUGCCCUGCAGGGUGACAGCUACUCCCUGUGGGAAGGUCCUUCAGAGAAUCUGGAGGUCACCUCUGAUGAAAAGAUGCUUGAACUCCAUCAGACCGAAGAAGAGUGUACACCCGAGGUCAUGAGCAGGCACCAUAUCAUAGAAGAGUGUAGACAGGAAACCCGGUGCUGUGAACAGGGAAGCACGCAGCUCCUGGCUGGCAUAAAAGCACACGAAAUCGCCUGGUUCCGCAGAAAAAUUGAGACGCAUCAAGAAAAGCCUAGCGUGCAGAACCGAGUUAUCCUGGAGGAGAGUGCUGCUCUCCUGGGCCUUCAGGGCACACAUCUUCAGCACGAGGCCACAAUCGCAGAGUUAGAACUGGAGAAGCAAAAGCUACAGGAGCUGACUAGAAAUUUGAGGGAGCGAGUCACUACCUUAGCUAAGCAAAAAGACGCACCUUCUCAAGGAGAGGAGGAGGAAGAGCUGAAGGCCGUGAUGCACGACUUGCAGAUCACGUGCGGUGAGAUGCAGAGGAAGGUUGAACUUCUGAGAUAUGAAUCUGAAAAGCUUCAAGAGGAAAAUUCUAUUUUGAGAAAUGAAAUUACUACUUUAAAUGAGGAAGAUAGCAUCUCUAACCUGAAAUUGGAGGAGUUAAAUGGGUCUCAGGAAGAAUUGUGGCAGAAAAUAGAAACCAUAGAGCAGGAAAAGGCUUCCAUUCAGAAGAUGGUUGAAAAACUAAAGAAACAGGUUUCAGAUUUAAAACUCAAAAACCAACAGUUGGAUUCAGAAAAUAAAGAACUCAGCCAAAAGAACUCCCAAAACAAGGAAGAACUGAAAACCCUUAAUCAACGUCUGGCAGAAAUGCUGUGCCAGAAGGAGGACCCAGGAACUUGCACCUCUGAGAAAUGGGAGCAAGAAAAUGAGAGCCUCAAAGAAGAACUGGAUCGCUACAAAGUUCAGACGUCCACUUUGGUGUCUUCUCUGGAGGCCGAGCUUUCUGAAGUUAAACUGCAGACUCACAUUGUGGAGCAAGAAAACCUCCUCCUCAAGGAUGAACUGGAGAGAUUGAAGCAACUGCACAGAUGUCCUGACCUCUCUGACUUCCAGCAAAAAAUGUGUAGCAUUCUAAGCUACAACGAAAACCUGCUGAAGGAGAAAGAAGUUCUCAGUGAAGAAUUAAAGAGCUGUGCCGAUAAGUUGGCAGAAUCAAGCCUUUUAGAGCACAGAAUUGCUACAAUAAAGGAGGAACGGGAGGCCUGGGAAGAGCAGAGCCAGGACCUGAAGUCCCAGCUGGCGCUUUCCCAGGAAAAGGUUCAGAAUUUAGAAGAUAUCCUGAAGAAUGUAAACCUUCAAAUGGCCCAGAUAGAAUCAGACCUCCAAGUGACUCGACAGGAAAAGGAGGCUCUAAAGCAGGAAGUGAUGUCAUUACACCUACAGCUUCAGAAUGCCAUCGACAAGGACUGGGUCUCGGAAACAGCUACCCAUCUCUCAGGGCUCCAGGGCCAGCAGAAAAGGCUAUCCUGGAACAAACUGGAUCAUCUGAUGAGUGAGGAACCAGAGCUGCUUUGUCAAGAAAGCAAGAGGCUCCAGACUGUAGUUCAGAACACCCAAGCAGACCUCACACACUCCCGGGAGAAGAUCCGUCAACUGGAAUCCAACCUUCUGCCCACCAAGCACCAAAAGCAACUCAACCAAUCGUGUACUGUGAAGCCCAUAGAACAAGAAAAAUUGGCCUUAAAGAGAGAGUGUGAACAGUCUCGGAAGGAGCGAUCUCCUACCAGCAGGAAGGUCAGUCAGAUGAGUUCCCUUGAGCGAGAAUUAGAAACAAUCCAUUUGGAAAAUGAAGGUCUGAAGAAGAAACAGGUGAGACUGGACGAGAAAUUAAUGGAGAUGCAGCCCCUGAGGUCCGCUGGGACGCAUAGCCCAUCCUCUCACUGGGAUCUGCAGUUGCUCCAGCAGCAAGCCUGUCCGAUGGUGCCCAGGGAGCAGUUUCUGCAGCUUCAACAGCAGCUGCUGCAGGCAGAAAAGAGAAGCCAGCACCUGCAGGAGGAGCUUGACAACAGGACCUCCGAACCCAACACAGUGCAGGGAAGCCAGGAACACCUUGUAAAUCUCAUGGAAGAACGAAUGAUAGAAGUUGAGCAAAAACUAAAGCUGGUGAAAAGGCUUCUUCAAGAAAAAGUGAAUCAGCUCAAAGAGCAACUCUGCAAGAAUUCAAAAACAGAUGCCAUGGUGAAGGAUUUGUAUGUUGAAAACGCCCAGUUGUUGAAAGCUUUGGAAAUGACUGAACAGCGACAGAAGACAGCAGAGAAGAAAAAUUUCCUCCUAGAAGAGAAGAUUGCCAGCCUCAGUACCAUUGUCAGGAACCUGGCCCCAGCACCACUGACUUCUAUGCCUCCUCUGAGGUCAUAGCCAGCCCGAAGGAUGCAUACCAAAGGAUGCACUUUACUGACACUGUAGGAAUGUGUUAAUAGGUCCUCCAAACCCUCCAACUAAAAAACUUCAAUGGCUUAAAACCAAGCCUCCCCGAAGUCUGCCAGCAAGGAAAUUGGAGGCUCCAAAUGGGUGCUUACUGGAAUUCCACAAAUCACUAUUUAAAUUUUGCUAUUUAAAUUAUUCAUAAGCACUGAACUUUUAAAGUAUGCUCUGGAUCGCUACCAAGAAUGAAAUUAACUUAGCCUUAAAGUCCUAGUUUUUAAUGUUUCUAAAUUGCUGUUAUCUGUGUAUGCAAUCAAGGGACCUUUUAAGUUUGACAUCUGACUAGAGUGGUUAUUAUCUUUUUUUGGAAACAUUUGAGUGGUGAAAUCAUUCUGCUUAUAAUACUUUAGUCUCCUUAAUUAAUUGGCUAACUGCGGUUCUGUUUAGAGAAAGCUUGGCCAAUAGCGAGCCACUGAGGUCAGAGAAGGCCCAUGUCCUGAUCCAGUUCUUGCUACUCUUGCUGUAUAACAGAUUCAGAACUAACUCACUCAGCUACACUCCUAACUAAUCCUUUAAAUGUCCUUUCUCUUCCUCCUAAAGCUUUUGUUGUCUUCUAAAACAUUGAUAAAACUGUACUCUUUUAACAUUACUGAACUAGAGGGAGACCACAGACAGACAGACCACUUUGGAGUAAAAAGCCACUCUUGGAAGAUGAUCCCAUGGAGCAUGGUGGAGGUAAUUUUGUCUCUCCCAAGCCUUGGAAGUUCAUGGACAUAUCUUUGAGUUUGUGUCAAAAGCUCAGGGAACGAUGUUAAACCUUCUGUCUGAACUACUUGCUUGCUGCCUGGCCUCUCUAAGAACUGGAUAUAUGUAAACCACACAACCUUAUUGUCUUAUAGAUUAACAGCCAUAGACUUUUGACUUCUAUAUUUAGUGCACUUAAAUAUCUGAGAAGGCCUUGACUGUAGAGUUAAAAACCUCUCCUACUAACAAAGACUUUUUACUGUUUGUUUAAUACAGGUCAAGAUGUCUACGCUUCUGACCUUUUGAUACCUCAUUAUCUGAACUUAUCUCAUACUGUGGAGAGCACUGUCAUGCUAUCAGGGGUAAAGGAGAGAGAUUAGACAGUUUCACUUUAAGAGGUACAAGAGAAAAGUAAACCAUUGUGUAUGGGAAGGGAACCAAGACAAGUCAUAUAGGCUGAGAAGUCACAUGAUUCGAGGAAGUCUUUGACCAUUUCCAUCAGGACUCGUUUGGAUUCUUCAGAGCCUCCAGCCCAGAGCUCCCUCUACCAAGUUCUGACGUGGCACACUAUCUAUGCUCUGGUAGUUCACACUCGUUUUGCACUACUAUUCCUAUCAGAACGUUCUGAUUUCCCACUGGGGAAAGAAUUAACUUUUCCCUACAAUCGUACAUCUAAAUAUUUGACCUCUGGUAUUGUGCUCCUUCUAAGUCUUUCUUCUCAGCUACUUGUAUGACAUUAGCUUGAGCAGAAAAUUGUGGAUAGGCCAAGAUCAGAGGUAAACUCUGUGCAGCGCUCAUGUGAGAUGCUUCAGGUUCUAAGGUUAAUGCCACUGGGACUGAACAGUAAGCACGUUUCUCCAACAGUUGGCUGGUGUGGGGACAUGUUUGUGCUUCUUAAUUUUAUUUUAUAUCAUGAGACAUGUAGGUUAGUGUUUCUUAUAAGUCUGCAUAUGUGUAUAUAUACAUAAAAUGUUGUACAAUGACUGUAAAUAGGUUUUGAAAAGUUUUAGAGUUCACUUAGAAUUAUUUCACCCAAAAGUCAAAAUGCUACUUUAGUAAAAUGUUAAUUUCUUGCUUUAUCCCACUUACUAAGUAGGGAGGGGAGAUCAAUGUGAGAAAUGUCUGUAGAUGUCCUAAAUGUAUACAGUUUAUUUUUUAAAGAGACUUUUAGAGUGGGAGUUUAACUGCCCAUGCAGAGUAUAGCUUAAAGUGUUAAAAGCAUCAAAAGUGAAAUCCUAGAAUUAUGUGUAGAUUCAGCUCUCAAACUUUCUUUCCAGUGGUUCUCUCCAAAAUCACAGAUGAUGUGUUUUAUGGCCAUAACGACUGUUGUUUCUUUUUUUUUUUUUUUAAAGCACUGGUUUUAGACUUUUAGACAUUGCUGGGAAGACCCUGUUGCCCUGUUUGCUGACUUCUAGUUUUUAAAGGCCUUGCUCUUUUGUUUCCCCUAAGGGGAGAAAUGUUUUAUUUCAUCUAAAGGUCUUUACUCUUAGAGAGUUUGUGAGGGAGAGAAGCCCGUGUGGUUUAGGAUGAGCCACGGUAUUUUUAUUUGCUGUGAUUUCAGCUAAGCCGUGUUAAAUGUGAAUCCCUCCUUGAAACUGCAGUGUGCUGUUUGUAUAUUUGCUCAUCAGCAUGUUUUGUAUGAACAGAUAGAAGUCAUAACUUUAAGGUAUAGGAGGACAUCUUACAGGUCUAGAGUUUCAGUAAUAAAUCAAUAUUCAGGGAAGGUAUUAUUUUGAGAAACUUUUUUUUUUUAAGAAACAAGUUAGGCUUCUUGGGAAACUUUUUUUUGUUUUGUUUUGUUUUGUUUUGUUGGUUCUUUUUUUCGGAGCUGGGGACCGAACCCAGGGCCUUGCACUUCCUAGGCAAGCGCUCUACCACUGAGCUAAAUCCCCAGCCCCAGGAAACAUUUUUAACAUGUGGGAAUAAAUUUGUGAUUUCCCCUCUUACUUCGCUGAGUAAAGAAAAGGAGAACACCCCGGAAACCGGGAAAGGGAAUAACAUUUGAAAUGUAAAUAAGAAAUACUCAAGUUAAUAAAAAAAAAAAGAAAAGAAAGGAAAAGAAAAGAAAAGAAAAG